AUAAAAGCUAAGUAGUAUCUUUUUGUUUUCACUAAAAAUUUCAAACCCUAAUUCUGUGUGGAAGCCCAUCAAACUCCUCCUCCAUAGGAAUCAUAAAUGGCUGAUGAAACAAAGAUGAGUGAUCUUGAGCGACAAAAUGUGAAAAUUAUCCGACAAAAUGAGGAAUACAAGCAGGAAAUCGAUGAACUGUAUGUUUGGAUUCAAGACAUGAUGCGUGAGAUGCGUGAUAUGCGUGAGAGUGAGAAUGCGUUGAAAUCACAGAAAUCAAAGAGGAUGCGUGAGAAGGCUGAAAGUGAGAAAGCGUUGGAAUCACAGCAAUCAAAGAUGAAAGCUGAGGUGUCGAGGCUAAAUCAUGCUCUGCGGGACUCAGAGUUUCAUCUCUUCGACUUGGGCGCCAAGUUGAAAGGAGUGGAAGAUAAGUUGGAUGCAAUGGUGAAGGAGAGAGACUUGUUGCUGGCUAAAAUUGAGAAACUGGAGGAAGACAAAAGCUUGCAGGCUAAGAUUGGGAAACUGGAGGAAGAGGUGUUGCUGGCUAAGAUUGGGAAACUGGAGGAAGAAUCGGAGGGUAAGGAGAAGGAGAUCCGGAUGUUGAAGACGAAUAUCGAGGAAUCGGAAGUGGGUAUGGAAAGCCAUAAACUUCUGGACAAGUUGAGGGCAGUUGCAGAUAACUUUAUCAAUGCCAAUGGCGAUGCUUGGUUGAUGGUGCAACCAGAGGAUCAUUAGUUGCUGUUGCUGUUGAUGUUAUGGACAAGAUGCUCUCUUCUUGGAAGAAAUAAGUUAGAGGUUUAGGAGGAUUUGUUGAUGAUGAUGAGUUUCAGUUUUUUUGAUUUUUUUGUCUUCAUGGAGCUUGGCUUUUAUGUGUUUGGUUGCAUUGUCUUGGAAUAAUGCUCGAGACCUAGACAUUCCCUUUAUUCGUUUUUUUACUUUUUCAUCUAUUUCAUUUAACACACAAAAUAUUAAUUUCUUAAAAUUUGUGCUGA